AUGGUAGGGAAAGUUGGCGUUAUCUUUGCUGACGGAAGUUAUGAGGAUGAUGUUGCUACAAAAUUGUGGAUAACAAGGUGUAAAGGCAUUGACGGAAAUGGGUUGCCUGGUGUCCAUUGGGUGUGUGCGCCAUUUUUUUCAGAAAUUCUCAGUGAAGAUCUUGCGAGGCACAAUUCACGUUUAUGUAGAAGUUCCAUUACUGAGGGGAAUUUCGGGUGUCGUUGGCGAUCGUCGCUUUCAUUGUCAAGAAGAUUGGAGGACUGUGGUGAAGUCGACGGCAAUGUCCGCAGUGUUUUCCAAGGUGUUAUCGUUUCGCUUGAAGAAAAUAUAGCAUGUGUUUGGAACCCAAUUUUAGGCGAUGGGACUAUUGCUGACAAAGCUGGAGAGGUUUGUGUCGGGCAGUGGAUAGAGUUCACGGCUGCGCACAGAGAUUUGAAAGAGGGUUACGAUGUCACAAACUUUCGUCAUAUUGAGCCUCCAUACCCGACAUUCGCAGUUGGGAACACCGUUGAGAUCAGAGUUCACCUGAAAGCAGACGCAAACUACUGUAUGGAAGAGGAGCCUGUUGAAAUUGAGUUUUUUGGGGCUGUGGAGGACGACAGAAAACUGUUCAAAAGGCUCCCCAUGCGGAACUAUGACCGUAACUUUUCUGCAAUUAUACGUCGAAGAAGGCCCGACUCGCCUGGGAAGCCCGUCUGGACAUUGACUUACAUAUUCGAAGACCCCAAACCGGCAAGCAUGGCAGCUGCACCAGAAUUACACAACACUGAUUACACUACCUUCUUUCCCACAAAGAGCUCUCCGCGACCUAUUUCAUACGAAGGGGCUGGGCCGUGCGAUUCAAGAUUACGAUGCAGGAGCGUACAGGGAUUUGGCAAGCAUGUAUGGGGGUUACCCGUGAGUCCGUAA